GGGGGUAGUGCUUGGACGCUGAGCUUCAACGAGGCGGCAGUGUGUCCAGCCUCCUCGCGCUCACGGGCCAGCCCGCUUUUACGAGCGCGCGCAUGUGUUUAGGCAGCGGCAUUCCGGCAAACUGCGCUCAGUCUCAGGCACGCGCGAUAACAGCGACGUGGGUGUAAGCUUUUUGGGUUUUUUUUUCUCCUAUCUAUCUCUUUUUCCAUAAGGAAACUACGACGGAAUCGGAGCAAAAGCGCUUCGUGGCGAGUUUGUGCGCAAAGGCGCCUCCAAAGAGCGGAGGUUUUUAUUUUUCAGGGAAUUGACAGUUCCACGUACUUAACGAACCACCUCUGGAUCCGUGAUCAAGCUUAAAUUCAGAUACGAACAAAAAAAGAAAGGAAAAGAAGCACGUUUUGGAGACACGCGUUCUUCUGUAUUCCGGUCUCCUAUGCAAGGGACGGUUUUGCUCGUCCGCUGUUGUUGCUCUGUGCUUUUUUUCUCCGUUAGCCUGUUUGCGUCAUGACUUCUAGCUAUGCGCAUGUAAUGGACAGACGAGCGGUGGCGGUGCCCAGCAGACUGGAAAGCCCCAUCACAGCCAACGUGGACAACCUGCAGGCCAAAAAGAACUUCUCGGUGAGCCACCUGUUGGAUCUGGAAGAAGCAGGGGAAAUGGUGGGCGCGCAGGCGGAUGAGAGCGUGGGGGAGACGGGCAGGACCAUGCUGGAGUCUCCGGGUCUGACGAGCGGCAGUGACACGGCGCAACCGGAGAAUGAACAGUUGAACUCGGAGGAGAAGAAGAAGCGUAAGCAGAGGCGGAACAGGACCACGUUCAACAGCAGCCAACUGCAGGCGCUGGAGCGAGUGUUCGAGAGGACGCACUACCCUGACGCCUUCGUGAGAGAGGAUCUGGCCCGUAGAGUCAAUCUCACCGAGGCCCGAGUGCAGGUGUGGUUUCAGAACCGGCGAGCAAAGUUCCGGCGUAACGAGCGGGCCAUGUUGGCCAGUAAGAAUGCCUCGCUCCUCAAGUCGUACUCAGGAGACGUAACAGCGGUGGAGCAGCCCAUCGUGCCUCGUCCCGCCCCACGUCCCAACGACUACCUAUCCUGGGGCAGCGCCACCCCUUACAGCUGGUUUCCGAGUUCGGAGGGAGGGCCAGUGCGAGUGCCACAGAAAAUGCUGCCCACAGAAAGCAACACAAUGGCAGCCUACCCACCCACUUGUGCCAACACCACUUCCACCCAGGGAAUGAACAUGGCCAACAGCAUCGCUAACCUGAGACUAAAAGCCAAGGAGUACAGCCUCAACCAGGUCCCCACUGUUAACUGAGUCGAGGAGGUGAGAGAGAAAGAGAGAGAGAGUAAAGAAGGGAGGAUGGAUAUGAAGAAGAGGAAGCCUCCACAGAGUCGGAUGACAUAAAGAACUGGACAAAUUGGUCUGAGUUUCCUCUUUCGGCAAAAAACCUCCAUUGGGAAUGGAACGAUCCAACCCUCCUUCUGGAAUUAUGGCUCUUCCCCAUCUCCUCCUCCUCCUCCUCCUCCUCAUCCUCUUCCUCCUCCUUCUCCUCCUCAUCCUCCUCCUAUGCUGGCUUUUUUUUUUUUUUACCAU